UAGCAUAAUAAAUGCCAAAUAUAACCACCUCUUGCCUUGCCUUUGAGAGAGAGACACACAAAAAUAUGUUUUCUAUAAACCUAAUUAACCAUUCUCAAAGCCCUAUAACACUGGUCAAGGAGGGUCCUCUCUCUCUCUCUCUCUGCUUCACAACGCUCAACACAAACACAAAUCGAUAAACUUAAUUACUCACAUUCGGAUCUCACUUCACUAAUCACUUAAACAUAGUAUUAAAUAUCACCACUCUUCUUCUCCCACUUCAAAGGGUUCAUCAUAACCUAAUAUGCAUUCAUGCCUUUACUCAACUCAUAUCACUUCUUCACAACCACCACUACCUUGUUUAUCAUACUUCUUCUCCACAAUGUCCUUCAUCCAGCUUCUAGCUCAAUUCACCAACCAAGGGAACUGUUAUACGAGGAGAAAAACAAACUAGGUUCAAUUCCACCAAGCUGUCACAGCAAAUGCAACGAGUGUCAUCCAUGCAUGGCGGUUCAAGUUCCAUCUUUACCAAACCAUGACUCUCUCCCUCCUCAUCUCGCCAAAGCUUCUUCUUCUUCUUCCAUGGAGAAACGGCUUACUCCAUCUUUUCAAGGUAGUACUACUAACAACAGAUACUCCAAUUACAAACCAUUAGGUUGGAAAUGCCAUUGUGGUGACCACUUCUUCAAUCCAUGAUAAUCACAAAGAUCCAACAUUUUGAUUGCUAGCUCCAUCUUUUUUGUUACUACUAAAUUAUUAAUUAAUGAUAUACUACUAGUAUUAAUUAAUUUAUGUGGUUAAUGCUUGCGUCAGCAUUGGUUGUAUACAAGUACUACACACAUGUACAAAAAGUUUGUUAUAGACCUGAAUUGCUAGUUGAUGAGUAGCUGUAUCUAUAAUUUUUGAGAAAAGGUAUUGUGUGGGAUGAAUUUAUGAUAAGGGAUGUGAUUGGUGUCUAGAGUCUAUACUUGUAAUUUACGAUGAUUAUUUGGUAAUUUUUCUUGUCAGAAAAGAGGACAAGAGAGAGGCUUGUCUUGUCAAUUGCAAUUGUCCCUUUCCCUCUUUU